GGGGCUCCAUCAAGAAAAAAGUUAAUUCUAUAUUUUUUUUUAAUGAAUAUAUCAACCUACUUUGAUUUUGUUAAUAUUCUCAAACUUUUUUUGUCAACGUACCACAAAGAAAAAAUCUCCACAUUUGUGUCAAAUGGGAAAAAGGAAGGGUCAGUAUUCAUUCGGUGUCUAGAUCAAUUUCACAAAUAAUUAUACUAAUGAAAAAUAUUAAACACAGAUGAUAAUUAAAUGAGCAAUAAUGACUCAAUUGUAAUAAUACAAUAACGAGUUGCAUGACUCGAGUAGUUCAAGGAAAAUUCAUUUGCUCAAACUAACCUAAGAAAAUUAGCUAAUCAUCGACAUAAUUAUUAUGACGAAAGAGUUUAGAAAGCUUGCUCUCCUUGACCUUUGUAGUGAUCAUUCCCGUCUUCAGCUCUCUCAAUUUUAGUGUGUUAAAUUAUGGUGGCAUGUACCUCUAUUUAUAGGAAAAAGCGCGCACAAUUUUCUGUCAUUGCGUGUUUGCUGACUUUUUUGAAAAAUUAGCUUUUGAAGGAUAUGUGACUUGGAUUCUGUUUUAUUUUAAAGCAUAUUUGAUUCUAGGUUUUAGGCAUAUAUUUUUCUAUAAAUAGGAGUUGUUUUAUUCAUAGAAAAAUAAGAGUGAAAGGAAUACGGAUUAAGCUUUGCCACCACAAAGUCUAGGAUUUUAGAGAGAAACAAAAUGAGAUUCCUCUUGGUAUAAUUCUAGGGGUUGGGCGAAUUAUCAUUGAUUCACCUUGGGUAGACUAGAUCAACUUGAGUCUUUUGGCUACGAGAAGAGAUUUCAUACUUGGGUAGAAUUAGGAUUGAAGGCUAAUUCUUGUAACCCAAUUGAGAUUUCUUGUGUAAAGUUACUCGUUUGAUUAUAGUAGAACGGAGAGUUGCUCUCUCUCUAGAGUAGGUUGUUUUGACCGAACUAGGUAAACAAACUAUUGUGUUCUUGUUAUUUUAUCUUUCUUAUGGCGUGUUUAUUUUCUUGUGGAUUGCUUUUAUUAUCACCACCUCUAUCCGCUUUAUAUUUGGUUGCUUGAUUCUAUUUGCUCCACAUAUCAAGUUUUCAUUGGUCUGAUAUUUUAGACAAAUUCACAACAAUAUGAUUAUAACCUACCAAUCCUCAGAAGCUCUUGAUUUCCGUUAGUUCUUUGAUACAUUCCACUACUAAAUGAGUUUUACUUUUAAUAGGUCAAUCACAGUUCCGCCUUUUCAAAUCACAUAACCAAGGAAACUUAAUUUUUCCAACUAAAAGUCGCACUUUGACAACUUAUCGAAUAAACUCUUAUCGUCGAUCAUUUGUAGUAUAGUUAUGAGAUGAACUUCAUGCUUCUUUCUAUCCUCAACAUAAAUCAAAAUUUCCCCAAUGAAAAUAACAAAUUUAUCCAAGAAUGGUAAAAAGAGUAUAUUCAUAUAAUCCAUGAGUAUUGCACAUACAUUUUAUUGAAUUCUAGCUCUUACGUAUAAAAUACAAUGUCAUUCCCUUUGUUUAUGCAAAAUUAUGAUUAUGAUUUAUAAUUUUAUACAUUAAAAUACGCUUGUAAGUGAUAUAAACAAUUGUUAUCAAGUACAAGAAACACAUGUCGCUGUCUCAUAAUUUAAUCAAAGAUCCUGGUAAUAUUCUUUAACCACUUCAUAGAAGCACAUUUUUUAUUUUAAAGAGAUACAAUUAUUUCUGUCAAUAAAAAAACAAUUCAAUUAUGUACAAACAUCUGACGUAUGUAUUCCAGACAUACUUUAGUUUUGGUUUUAAAAAACUUAAAGAUCUUUUCGGUCCCAAACUGUUACGUGUAAUCAGAUGUUACAUUUUUUAAAUUAAAUUCUUUAAUUUUUUUGUCGUUGCAGCAAAAUAAAAUAUUCUUUUUUGUAGUAUAAUAAAUGAUUAACAAUUUUUUUUUGUAAAGUAUUUUAGUUGUUAGACUCAUGCCGAUUAAUUUUAGAAAAUGAAAAAUUUAUGAACCAAAUUCAAAAUCCAACAAAUUAAUAAUAUUUUUUUAUAAGCAAAUUGGUGUAUAUAUAAAGAAGAAAGUACUAGGGUACUUCAACAUUACAAUAGAGCAUUAUAUAUUUUCUAGACAAGCUAGAGGAAAGCAUAACAUAGGUUUAUGGGACAUGAUUUACCAAUCUAUCUAUGUUUGAAUUGAAACUUGUCAUUAAUAAUAAAUAUAGGUAGCUAUCUAUAUUUGAAUUGAAACUAUCUAAGGAAUAAAUAUAGCAAUAUGACAUUGGUGUUUGUGCAGUCAACUUCUCAAAAGUUAAAAAAAAAAUAUUAUUUUCAAUUUGAAAGUUUUUUUUUUUUUGGUUUUCUUAACCAGUGUCCCGGGGUCAUCGAUUAGCAUGACUCUUAUAUUAUAUAUACAUGAACCGAAAUUCAAACUUUUAAUCUGCCUUCAAUUGAGCCGAAAUGUUUUCCUUUUGAACAUACCACUUAUUUUAGCAUUUUACGUGGCGACAUUAGUUAAAGUUAAGAUCAAUAUGACAAACAUAAUUAAAAUUAAGAGACCAAUUUAUAACAUUAAUUAGUUAAAAAUUCGAUAAAUUAAGAAAUCAAUUAUCCAAUUUAGUUUAUCAUUUAUUUUUAGAGAAAGGAGUAAAUUUGAAAUGUGUGUGGCUGAUGUCAUUUUGCAAAGGGUGAAUUUGGAUCCAAAUGUCCCUUGUUGGAAUGUCUUUCUUCUUUCUCUAUCCCCCCAAUCACUAUAAAUCUCCCUUCGCAUUAGUUUGUACGGCACAAGUCGGUACUACUACUACUACUACUACACUUGACUUAGUUAAAUAACUCCCUCCUUUUUCUUACAUAACUGUGCCACAUCUACAUGUAAUCACGUUUGAUCGUGAACAUGGAGAUGGACAUAGACAUGGUCAUGGAUGUUGUCCCUGAUUUCCUUGAAUUCUCCAAUUACAGUAACACUACGACCACCCCCACUUCCGAUGAAGACAUCACCUUGUCCCCUCUCCUCGAUUUAGAUUUCUUCACCACAAACCAAGAUGAUUUCCAUGACUUCAUUGAUGCACUCACCAACGAUGAAAUCAUAACCGUUGAUCCAAAUCUAGACAAAAUGGUCGUUGAGCAAGAUGAAGAAGAAGGAUCCAUGGGAGACAUGUCCAACUCCAAUUCCACUACAGAUGAAGACACUGACGACGACGAUAGAAAGGGCCUCCGUCUUGUGCACCUCCUUAUGGCGGCGGCGGAGGCCUUAACAGGCACAAACAAGAGCCACAAUCUGGCUCAAGUGAUAUUGAUUCGGCUCAAAGACUUAGUGUCUUCCACUCAUGGCACCAACAUGGAGAGACUCGCCGCGUAUUUUACCGACGCCCUCCAAACUCUACUAAACGGCGCUGAUACUGGUACCACCGCCAACAACCACCACAACAAACUUUGCUUACUCACUGGACCACACCAAACAGAUUUACUCUCAGCCUUUCAGCUUCUUCAAGACAUGUCUCCUUACGUCAAGUUCGCUCACUUCACAGCUAAUCAAGCCAUCCUUGAAGCCGUUACUCAUGAUAGAAGAGUUCACAUAGUUGACUAUGAUAUCAUGGAAGGGGCCCAAUGGGCUUCAUUAAUUCAAUCACUUUCAUCACGUAAAGAAGGCCUGCCGGGCCCACAUCUUCGCAUCACUGCAUUGUCCAGAAACAAAGAACGUGGCAGUGGACGUAGAUCAACCACUGCCACUGUUCAAGAAACUGGACGACGACUAACGUCGUUUGCAGCUUCUGUUGGACAACCGUUUACUUUUCAUCAAUGUAGGUUGGAUUCAGACGAAAUGUUUCGAGCUGCUACGUUGAAGCUUGUUCGUGGCGAGGCUUUGGUGUUUAACUGUGUGAUGCAUUUACCACAUCUUAGUUACCGUGCCUCCGAUUCUAUUGCUUCGUUUUUCAAUGGUGCGAAAGAAUUGGAAUCAAAACUUGUGACAUUAGUUGAAGAGGAGGUGGGUCCCACUAGUGAUGGAGGCUUUGUGGGAUUGUUUAUGGAUUCUUUGCACCGUUAUUCAGCUAUGUAUGAUUCACUUGAGGCUGGAUUUCCUAUGAAUAAAUGGGCUAGGAGUUUAGUUGAACAAGUGUUUUUGGGCCCAAGAAUAAUGGGCUCAGUGGCCCAAUUAUACAUGAAUGGUGAAGAGGAGGGGCAAGUGAGGGGUUCUUGGGGGGAGUGGUUGGGUGCGGAAGGGUUCAAGGGAGUUACCAUAAGCUAUGGUAAUCAUUGUCAAUCAAAGUUGUUAUUGGGUCUAUUUAACGAUGGUUAUAGGGUGGAGGAAAUGAGUAACAAUAAGUUGGUGUUGGGUUGGAAAUCAAGGCGUUUGCUUUCGGCUUCUAUUUGGACUUGUAUGUCAAAGUCGGAAUAUGAUUUUUAGAUGAUUUCUUUUUCUUUAAUUCUAAAAAUGAAAAUGAAAAUAAAAAUAAAAGGUUUCAUCUGCUGGAGUUAUCCUACAAGUACAAUCAUACAAUUUCAAAGAGUGGCUUUGUUGGGUAUUAUUGUCAAUGUCAUGCAGAAAUGAACUCUUUCAACAGAUUUGUUAUGUUUGUUUAUGUGUGUGUGUUUUGCUCUUUCAAGAUUUUGUUACAUUUGAUUAUGUUUUCUCAA